GUUUGCUGCGCAUGCGCAACACUCCGUGCGUGCGCGCUCUAGAGGCUGCGUUCGGCGCGCGCGUGAUAAAGGCUCAGUGCUCCGAGGCGCGUGUUUGUAUGUGUUUGUGUGUAGUUUUGUGUAGUUUUGUGUAGUUAGUGAUGGUCAUCAGCACAGAAGCGGCUUAAAUGUAGAAGCAGCGCAAGAUGGCGGAUCUCUCUCUGCUGCAGGACUCGCAGGAGGACACGGAUGGAUUGUUGGAUUUCGUGUCUCAGGAUGAGAUGUUGACUCCUCUGGGCCGACUGGACAAGUACAUCAGCAGCGAGAACGUCUUCAACAGGCAGAUGGUGGCCCGCAGUCUUCUGGACACACUCCGGGCCGUCAGUGAGGAUGAGCGCGAGUGUGUGUCUGUGCUGGAGCGGAUCGACAGACUCGCAGAUGACUCAGAGCCGACGGUUCGAGCGGAGCUCAUGGAGCAGAUCCCACACAUCGCCAUCUUCUGUCAGGAGAACAGACCUUCCAUUCCGCUGGCUUUCUCCAAGUACCUCCUGCCCAUCGUGGUGCGAUACCUGGCCGACCAGAACAACCUGGUGCGUAAGACGAGUCAGGCGGCGCUGCUGGUUCUGCUGGAGCAGGAGCUGAUCGAGCGAGGAGACGUGGAGAAGCUGGUGUGUCCCGUGCUGGUGGAGCUCACGGCUCCCGACAGCAGCGACGAGGUCAAGACCGAAGCCAUGGCGAUUAUCUGUAAAAUGGCUCCGAUGGUGGGGAAGGACGUCACCGAGCGGCUCUUUCUGCCGCGCUUCUGCGAGAUGUGCUGCGACUGCAGGAUGUUCCACGUGCGCAAGGUUUGUGCGGCGAACUUCGGAGACAUCUGCAGUGUGGUCGGAGGAGAGGCGACCGAGGAGCUGCUGCUGCCGCGGUUUCUCCAGCUGUGUUCUGAUAACGUGUGGGGCGUGAGGAAGGCCUGCGCCGAGUGCUUCAUGACCGUCUCCUCGGCCUCGUCUCCAGAAGUGCGCCGGACCAAGCUCUCGUCUCUGUUCAUCAGUCUGAUCAGCGACCCGUCACGCUGGGUGCGUCAGGCUGCGUUUCAGUCCCUCGGUCAGUUCAUCUCCACCUUCGCCAGCCCCAGCAGUAACGCGGGUCAGUACUUCAGAGACGAGGCGGAGUGGAGCGGGGCGCAGACACACAGCAGCAGCGCAGACGGCUCCUGUGAGGCGGAGGAGGGAGGAGGAGAGCAGACGGCCGAGGUGCUGAGCGCCGCGUCGCAGGAGAUCCCGGAGCAGGAGCUCUUCAACUCCUUCCACUUCUGGAGGACUCCGAUCCCUGAGAUCGACCUGGAGCUGGAGCUGCAGGAGGACCGCCGCUCCGCCGCGCCGCCGCUGGCCAGAAAACAGCUGCAGGAGCUCAUCGAGAACCUGGAGCCGCACAUCGACGACCCCGACGUCAAAGCACAAGUGGACGUCCUGACGGCUGCCCUGAGAGCCACGGCGCUGGACUCCGGACUGGAAGAUGCUUUCCUGGAGCCUCGAGCCGCUCGAUCAAACCCCUUCAGCUCCCAGCAGCCCUCAGAACACCUGUCAGCCCACACACGGAGGCGUGACUCCUCUCUACACGUGACGCGUGACGAUGAUGAUUCUGACGUGAGCGACAGCAACCUGAGCGCUGAAGAAGAGCGGAAAUACAAACAGCAGGAUGUGGUUCCGCAGGCGCUGCUGGAGCAGUAUCUGUCGAUGACGGACCCGUCUCGCGCUCAGACGGUGGAUAUGGAGAUCGCGAGGCACUGUGCGUUCAGUCUGCCGGGCGUAGCGCUGACUCUGGGACGACAGAACUGGCACUGCCUGCGCGACACGUACGAGACGCUGGCCUCCGACAUGCAGUGGAAGGUGCGGCGGACGCUGGCGUUCUCCAUCCAUGAGCUGGCUCUGAUUCUGGGUGAUCAGCUGACCGCUGCUCAUCUGGUGCCCAUCUUCAACAGCUUCCUCAAGGACCUGGACGAGGUUCGCAUCGGCGUCCUCAAGCAUCUCUACGACUUCCUCAAGCUGCUGCAUCAGGACACUCGGAGGAAGUAUCUGUAUCAGCUGCAGGAGUUCCUGGUGACGGAUAACAGUCGUAACUGGAGGUUUCGCUCAGAGCUGGCCGAGCAGCUGGUGCUGUUGCUGGAGCUGUACAGCGCUCAGGACGUCCAUGAUUAUCUGCGGCCGCUGGCGCUGUGUCUCUGUACUGACCGUGUGUCGUCUGUGCGCUGGACGUCCUACAGACUGGUGAGCGAGAUCAUCAGGAAGCUGUCGUCGUGUUCGUCUCUGCUGGUCAGUUUUCUGGGCGAGCUGGUGGAGAAGUUCUGUCACUCCUCGAAGUGGUCCAGUCGUCAGGCGUUUGCCUUCGUCUGCCAGUUGUCCAUCGAGGAGGAGUGUCUGUCUCUGGACCAGUUCUCCGAGCAUCUUCUUCCUCCUCUUCUUCAGCUGGCGUCUGAUCCGGUUCCUAAUGUCCGAGUGCUGCUGGCCAAAACCCUGCGGCAGACGCUGCUGGAGCGAGAGUAUUUUCUGAACUCCUCGAACUGCCAGCAGGCGGCGCUGGAGCACACACUCGUCGCGCUGCAGACAGACGUGGAUAAAGACGUGAAAUACUUCGCCAGCGUUCACCCCGGCAGCACACGUCUCAACGAGGACGCCAUGAGCACCACGUCCUCCACGUACUGACCCGCUGUCCCAGAAUGCACCUCUCUGAUUUCGCCACAGAAGCCUUAAUCGCGUCUUCCUUCCUCCUUCAGAGAACACGGCUGCGGACUCUGAUCUCAAGGGCUGAGCGUCGCUCUUUUAAUCGCAGCACAUUGUUGCGCUGACGGACGCGGCGCUUCGUUUCGAGUGUUUUUAACGGAUUUGGCGAGCGGUCCACCGAACAUUCAAUCUCAGAUGACUGGAGAGUUUUAAUGAUUCUGUACAUACUGCUGUGUUUUUGAUCAUGAAUAGCGCUGAUGUUAUUCUCUUAAUCUGUCCAAUAAACUUUCACACAAAAUCACU